AACACUGUUUAAAACGUUCAGUGCUCUUGAAUGUGUACCUCCCGCUGCCCAGCGAAAGUUAAUAUGUUCACACACGUUGAAAAAAGACCUGCGGUAUUGGCUUAAAAUGAGAAAAGUAAUAAUAGGUAUUGGAGGAAUGACAAACGGAGGAAAAACCACUCUGAGUAAAAACCUCCAGGAGCUUCUGCAUAACAGCCUCGUUAUUUCUCAAGACAACUUUUUCAAGGAUGACUCUGUGGUCCCUGCUGAUGUCAAUGGCUUUAAGCAAUAUGACACUUUGGACGCCCUGCACAUGGACAGGAUGAUGGCAGACGUCGGCUCGUGGCUGGAGGAUCCUCAGAGCUUCAUGAUGUCUCGUGGUCCUGCAGCGAAACCCACAGCAUCUGAGUCAACCAAUGUGUUUGUUCUUGUAGUGGAGGGCUUCCUCAUAUUUAAUCAUGGGCCACUUAAUACAUUGUUCAACAAGAGGUACUUCCUGCAGAUCCCUUAUGAGAUAUGCAAAGAAAGAAGAAGCUCACGGGUCUAUGUACCUCCGGAUCCACCUGGCUACUUUGAUGGAUAUGUCUGGCCCAUGUACUUGAAAAACAAAAAAACGAUGGAAGAAGCCGUAAACGACAUUGUGUUUUUGGAUGGCACGCAGAAGCGCGAGACGUUGCUCUCAACUGUUCUUGCAGACUUUCAGGAAAUGCUAAUGGUUACACACACAUGAGUCACUUUCCAGAUUUUGGGGGCCGUGAUUUCCAGCAGUCGGUAGUGUUUUCUGCAAGUAUAUUAACAUUCAUCAACGUAUUUCAUAACAUGUCUCAUUUCACUUCAUUAAAGUAAAGCUAUGUGUCUGUCAUAUAAAAAUCUGAAGCAUGUGCGUUAAUGCUCAAACUGAGUGAAUUAACAGAACAUAUAUGGUUUAUAAAUGAUUUCACCUGACAUGUAUUUGUUUUGGACAAGAAAAAACUAACUUAAUAGCGAUAUAUAUAUACUGUGACGAGUCGGCUGCCCCUCCCCUUUAUUGUCAUCAUCACCCCGUCCUUUAUUCGCCGCCCUUCACCAGGCUCCCGACGGGAGUGGGCGUGUCUGAGAGGAGGGGCGUGGUAUUGGUCAGGUCUGGCGGCGUGUGACGAGGCACAGCUGAAGUGAAUUGAACCUCGUCACCGCCGAGCGCGCCUCUCCUCGGGAGACCGGUCUCUUCCCCCGUGCAUGCACGCUGGUGUACCUUUUCUGUUAAUAAAAAGCCUCUCCGAGGCCCGACGCCACGCCCACUGUGUCUGUCGUUGGCUCCUCCCGUCACAAUGCAUUUACAUGUAAAAGCAUAUAAUACGUAAUAAUAUAUAUAAUGUUUUGAGUCUGGUAGCUAACUUAGUUUACGCAAUUGCAAAGAUGCGACUGGGGGUUGAAUAGUGAUAGAAUGUUUGAUGAAUAAAGUUGAACAAUAUUUUAAUGAAUGAAUAGUUAUCUCUUUGGCUUCCAGAUUUCAACAAAAUAAAUAAUUUUUUAAAUACUAGGAAUUGUGGGCCCUGAGUGUUCUGAGUGUUGGUGCUGUUGCCCUGUCUUUACCUAUUUAACUAUCGAAUAAGUGGUUAUCUGCUGUCUCUCAGGUUUAGUUCCAGGAUUUUAAGUUUUAGUUUUCCACCAUUUGUUCUUUCUAAAACUGAACUGGCUUUUAUAUAGUGGCUUUAUGUAAUUUUAUGUUAACUUUAACUUCGACAUAGUCUAAUUAUUCUUCAGGGAUUGUUUUGAAUUGCCUGGAUUUGACUGCUCAAAAUUGACCGCUCAAAAAUGAUUUAUUGGGGCAGCUUGUAAAAGAACAGUGUGAAGAAAUAACUACAUCAAAGAGCUUGGCUGCAUCAAGCCACAGGCCAUAGCCUUUCACUGCGACUCUCACAGUCUGCUACUGUAGACAAUACACUUUCCUUGACCGAGGUUAUCCCAAGACCUUGAAAAAAUAAUAUGCAAGAAUCCGGCGUCUCUGUGUCCUGCAGAGCACGCUUUUGUGAUAAGCUUAAACUGUUUUAUAUCUAUAGAAUUUAUUCUAGGAAAAUCAUCAUUAUGUAUUUAAACAUUGGCUAAGAUCAGUUCUCUGCCGCUGGCUGCAAAAAAAGGAAACUCUGUACCCUCGGAAGAAAUCCAUGCAAGCGCCCCUGGGUUCAGGGACACACUAAAAUGGCUAGUGGCUAAAUGGCUAAUAUUACCCACAAUCCAUUGCACUUUGGGAUACAGGAUACAGUCCAGAACUACAAAACUUUUUAGAAGCCACCAUGUAUUAGCGGUCUCUUGCCUAGAGACUUGGGUUAACAAAAAGUUUUGGAAAACAACACCUCUGGUCGUUCUGUUGGAUCGUUUGGACAGUCUGAUCAAAUAUAGCCAAGUUUUUCAAUGUAUCUUGCUCUGUCGAAUGGCAAAAAUGAUUUUAUGUAGACCAGUCUGGGUUAAGGCUAUGCUUUUUUCCAAAAGGAUUGUACUCCCCCACGCUGACUCCUAUAUAACUUUGUUGCUUUGCAAAAAAAUGAAUAAAAUAGCUUCAUAACCUUCUCCGGAAAGUGAUUUUAUUGGGAGACUCCCUAGAAUGAAUCUGGGCUACUUUAGCCAUUAUGGGUCUAAUUUUAAUAUGUAUUUGGUUUUGUUAAGCCUACUUGACAACCCUCUUUCACAGCUACUUCCGGGUCAUGCCACGUUGACCAUCUGGAUAACUAAAUAUCCAAAUCAAAUUCUGGAUGCAGGCGUUUUUCAGAUUUCCCAUUUUCAAUUUUAGUAGGAAAUUGAAAAUACGUUGAAGUCGUUAUUUAUUUUAGAUAAUAAUGACAUGACAUAUAUCCUUUUUUGAAUAAGAAAAGAACAAAUGAUACACGGAUUCGUCUCCACCAACAGUUUUUCAUUGGAACACAACACUGGAUCAAAUAUACGGUUACACAAGUGUUUUCACUUCACUUUUACUUAGCCGUUUGCUUUUUAUACCAUUAGCCUACUGUGUGUAUAGGAACAUAUUUGCAAAGACAGGCUUUUCGUUGCUGAUUGUGUUUUAACUGCUUUAAAUUCACUCAAGUGAUUAGAUAAUAAUGUGUGAUAUUCUAAAAUACACUGAUGGCGAUAAUGGCUUCUCUGCAGAUCAUCUUCUUGUUGGUUGUUCUUUGUUUUUUUUACUGAAUAUGUGAAGUGGAAAUAAUCUUUAGACAUUUAUUUUUAUUAAAUGCAUUUGUGAGUGCGUCUAAAAUGUCUUAUGAUAGUAAAAUCCUUUUACUCGCCCUCAUUACAAACUUCUUUUUAUAAAAAUGUAUUCUGCAAAAUGUCUCAGUGUUAUCCCCCUCAACAGAAGUGUAAUAUCACCAAACCGAUAGGUUAGGUCACCGAUAUCCUGUUUUAUGUUGCGCAGAAGAAAGUGAUUCAUAUUUGAAACAAUGUGAGCAUACAGUGACAGAAUUAAACAUUUUUAGGCGUGAAAACAUGUAAACUAAUGUCAGAUUUAGUGGCAACUUAGCACCUGAUGUGCAGAAGUAAAAUUACUCAUAAUGCUAUGAAAAUACUUAAUACAUUAAUAUUCAUCAUCACCAUAGAGGUGUUUGGUCAAAUAUCAAGGUGACAAUAUCACUAUUAAGUGUCCUGCGCCUCCGGAAGGAGCUCUGGGUGUAAAU